AUCGCGACGUCGAACAGCUGCGGACGCUCGCUGCUGAAGCUUUACCGACGACCGUCGAAUCGUAACCGCGAAUCGUGAAAACAGUUAUCGUUGUUGUCAUUUGCAUACGUGAAGUGAACUUGUUUUCAAUUUCAUACCCGUGAGAUGUGACGUGGUUGGACUCGUGAAAAUUUCGCUUCGAUACCUGUGUCAGAAUAAUCAGUUUUUCAGUGGAGCUUUUAAGUUGUGGAUUGUUUUGAUAUUGUGAUGCGCGCACGCAUGUGAAGUAUGGCGCGAGGGGGGAUCGUGCUCCUCGUGCUAUGGGUGGUCGCAGUCGCCGCUGACAGCAAACAUGAUACGUCAAACACAACGGAACUGGAGCAUAACACUGCGGCGCCGACGCCGCCUAUUCCGCUACGGCCAGAGUACGCUCACCCAGCGGGAGCAGAAGCUUUAGACCCGUACAACUCAGAAAAAAAUAACCCACCACCUCACCACCGAGACUAUCUCGAAGAAGAUUACGACCAUGAAACGAAUAAAGAGGAAGAUCACGAAAACAGAGACGAUGCAGACGAACUGCCGUCUCUUUCAGGUGAUCAUCUACAAAGCUCCACGGAUGAUCUACCAAUGUUCUUACUGGAGCCUCAACACGCUUUCGUGGUCAGGAAUAAGCCAGCUACGCUGAGGUGUCGUGCUGCGAAUGCGUUACAAGUGUACUUUAAGUGUAAUGGUGUACGGUCGGUUGCUAGUACUCAGUUUGAGUUUGUGGAUCCACAAAGUGGUGUAAGGAUUGUCGAAGCGGAGUGCAACGUUACUAGGGAUCAGCUGGAAGAGUACUUCGGAGAGGACCGUUUUACGUGCACAUGCAACGCGUGGAGUAGCAGGGGUGACAUCAGAAGUCAGCCGGCGGUCGUUGAAUUAGCAUAUCUAAAGAAGCAGUUUGCGGUGUCACCUUCCCCAACGUCAGUAGAGGCUGGAGUGGCAGCCACCCUUCGCUGCACCCCUCCCCCCGCGGCCCCACUCCCGAGGAUAUCAUGGUUGAAGCAUGGAGUCCCACUGCAGCAAGACCACAACAUACUGAUAUCGUCAGAAGGCAAUUUGCUUAUAUCGAGAGCGACUCUGCAAGACAUGGGCAACUAUAGCUGUGUCGCUGAAAACAUUGCUGGGAAAAGAAUCUCAGAACCUGCUCUCCUCACGGUCUAUGUAAACGGUGGAUGGAGUGCUUGGAGUUCUUGGUCGCCGUGCCGCUGCAACGGGCGCUCGACGGGCGGCCAGCGGCGCACGCGAACUUGCACCGAGCCCUACCCGCUGAACGGCGGCGCGCACUGCCAGGGCCAAGCGGUGCAACGUACUGCGGACUGCGUGCCGUGUCAGAGUGCUCUGCCUGGACGUUGGGGCCCCUGGUCCGAGUGGUCUGUCUGUGAAGCUGACUGUCGUCAAAGCAGGCGGAGGUCUUGCACUGGAGACACUCCAUGCUCUGGACAACAUGUUCAGUACGCAGACUGCGUGGGUGAUUACUGCGGCGUGCACGGUGUGGCAGCCCACAGCGAUAUUCCUUUAUACAUCGGUAUCGCUGUAGCAGUGGUCGUGUUCUUGUCUGGUGCAGCGGUUGUUUACAAGCUUCUUCAGAGGAAGACCAGAGAUCACUCGCUCUACACUAUGACCAGAACUGCAGACUUUCAACCGGAGAUCUAUCCUACGGUAGAGAAGCAGUCCCUCUCGUUGGCACCAGAUCUGAUGCAGCACAGACCUCCGAGAUAUGAGCAUCCACAACCUGACACCAGAGCAGAACACCACUACGAUGUACCUCAUCUGACUAACAGUUAUGCCUCACCGGUGGAUCAUCAAGUGACUCCUUGUGCGUCAAGUAAAGGACAGAGCGACGACUAUGACAGCAAACCGUACAGCGAAUCUGAGCAUUCUGCAUCAAGCUGUUUCACUUCAUCUGGCUCCAUGUACGACGCAGCCAACGAGUCAGUGACCCUUCAACUAGCUGAACUGGUUUCCAACUCCCCAACAUCUCAAUCCUUGUCGGUGGCCAGCGCUGGCGCUAGGUUGGCCUUGCCGGCGGCGGGUGUGGCCCUGUCCAUACCCGAAGCAGCUCUCAGUAGAGGGAGGAGGGAACAAAUGUACGUGGCUGUCGUCAAAGAUGACAGAUACCGGCCGAGACUUGGAAAAGGUAUCACGCAGCUGAGUCCAGUAGUUAAAUGCGGACCACCACGUCUCCAAUUAAAUAAGUCAGUGAUACUACAAAUACCGCAUUGUGCAAGUCUCAAACAUGGCUUUUGGAACCUGACCCUUUACGCCAUAGAUCACAACAAUACCAAAACAGAUAACACCCAGCCGCAAUGGAAGAAAGUCGUUAGCCUCGGACAAGAAACAAUCAACACGCCAGUAUUUACACAACUGGAUAACGACAAAAUAUACCUUGUGACAGACUUGCUGUCGACGUUCGUUCUAGUCGGCGAAAGUUUCAAUGGAAAAGCUGUUAAAGCUCUGCAGCUGGCAAUAUACGCACCUGCAUCGCUAAACGAAACAUGUUCCGAGUAUAGUAUUAGGCUUUAUGUAUUCGAGGAUACACCGUGCGCGGCGUACUACUGCCAAGAGCAAGAGAAAAAAUUAGGUGGGGUUUUGCUCGAACGCCCGAAAACAUUGUUGUACCAAGACGGCGGAUCCAAUUUGUGUUUGAAUUUAGAACACGUCAGUCCCGGUUGGAAGGCUAAACCCGGCAUUGGCUAUCAGGAGAUACCGUUCAAUCACGUUUGGAGUUCGAAUUACAAUGCGCUGCACUGCAGUUUCGUUCUAGAGAGGACGCACGACUGCGACAAUAUUGACUUCAGCGUUUCGGCAUGUCAAAGGACCAAUCCAUCCUACAAACAGACGUUUCGAAUAUCCCUCGAGGACGUGCGGAGUAGAUCGCCGCGGGGGAGGUCGCCUCGAGCCGAGUCGCAGCGUAGUUUCAACAUAACCGAAAAUCUUUUGGAGGCUCGCAUGUGCAGAAGCGACGACGGGGGCGAGGGCAAAAGAAGCGUUACGGUGAGCGAGGCGGGAGUCAACGAGUGUGCAGGCGAGGGCCCAUUUAAAUUAAGUGCUCGAGUGAAACGGCAGCUUUGCGCUAUAUUGGACCCGCCGAACGCGCGGGGAAACGAUUGGCGCGCGCUCGCGUCUAGGCUCGGAGUGGAUCGUUAUACGACUUGGUUCGCUACUAAGAGCUCACCGACAGAGGCUAUCUUGGAGCUAUGGGAGUGCAGGGAGCGGGGCCCCGGGGCCACCGCCGCUCUGGCAUCUGCGCUCCGCCAAAUGGACCGCCACGACGCCGCUGACCUAUUACAAGGCAGGCCUUCGUGGUUAUGAAUUAUCAAGGAGUCGGACCUCGACUUUAAUUAGCGCUCGAGGUAUUGCGAAAACGCAAGAGGCCCUAACUAUACGGACUAUUUGUUGGUAAACUAAUUCGUAGUAUAAAUGUUACGUUAGAGAAAGUAUAGUUUGGUCAAACGGCCUAAGUUUGUAAAAUCGUCGUAGUAUAUAUUGUAUAGAAUACAUUAUCUAUGCUGUAGAUAAGCGGUCGGAACAUAAAUUAUAAUUAUAGUAGCAAUAAUAGUGCCUACAAAGUCUUUUAAAGAACUACUGCCAACCCCGAAAGUUGGUGUCGGUUGAUUAUUUUGUUAUUUUUAUAAGUCUUUGAGUGUUCAUUAUUUAAUCGAAAAAUUUAUCGCUUGGUUUCACGUUUCUUUCGCUUGAUGAUAAUAAUUUCUUGCUUGUUUUUUUAGAUAUUGCAAUCCUGUGCCAAAAAUCGAAUGCCACAGUGUUGUUUGGCAAUAAUUAAAAAUGUUAUACGCGAUUCCGAGCUUAUUGUUAUUGAAACAAAGUAGACUUUUAUAAUUAAUUAGUCAUUUCCUUAACGGGUGUAUCAUAAACAUAAACUUUAUCGCCCUCAAAUCUAAAUUCAUAGGUAAUUAAAAUAAAGUUUAAUUUUGCUUAAUGAAAUUCGUUGACGUGGACGUCUUGCACGUACUUUGAAAGACUUAAAGCUGAUUGCAUUUAUAUUAUUCAUCUUUAAAGGUUUCACCUUCUCUGUGGUUCAAUGUAUCACUUCAUACUCUGUAUAUAGUGUAACAGAUUGUAAAUAAGUGUAUCGCAGCGAUUAGUUGAAUGUAACCAUCGUUUUGUAAAUGGAUAUAUACAACGCCACCGUAGACUAUAUAUAUUUUUGUUAACGUGAUGACUAUUAAAAUAAUUGAAUCUGUGAUACUUAAAAUAAUAUGAAAUAAAUUAUGUUUAACUGUGAG